AUCAGCGCUGCGUACGUGACGCGCGCGUGCGUGCGCUGGUAAACAGAUGCCAUGUUGGUUGCGUAGAGAUGAAGACGUGCGGAACAUUAUGGAGAGAGAUUUCUGCUCUUUAACAGAUUCUGAGGAGCUGCGGAGCUUCAUCUCACACUCGGAGAGGACCAAGACGCUGUUCGAGGAGAUCCGCGCCUCCAUCAGUAAUAACACGGAGGGCGAGCGCUCGUUCUGGCGUCCGGUUCUGCCGUGGGGGGGGGUGUUCACCAUCCGAGCGGGACGCAAGGCCAUCGCCUGCACGCCGCUGUACGUGAAGAUCACCCUGAAGAACACCUGCACCAUCGACGGCUUCCUCAUGCUGCUCUACGUCAUCCUGAGAGACAACCACAGCUUCCCGCGAGAGCUGGGCCUGUUCCUGGGCCGCCGCUUCGUCCAGCACUUCCUGUACCUGAUGGACAGCUGCGAGUACACCACCGUCAAGAUGCUGUGGAUCUGGGACCGCAUGUCCAAGCGCCAGUACCGCUCCGAGGUCCACCACACGGCGCUGGAGAUCGACCUGUUCGGCAACGAGCACGAGAACUUCACCAAGAACCUGGAGAACCUGAUGUCCAGCGCGCAGGAGAGCUGCUGCUCCAGCUGGAGCUGCCCCAACCGCGUCCAGGAGCACCUGCACCGGACCAUCAGCGUCAAUCCUCCUCACGAGCUGCCAGAUAAAGAUCCCAUCCAGUCAGCGCUGGACGAGUUCUUCUGCCCGCGGCUGGAGCUCUGUGAAGAGCUGGAGUGUGAGGGUCUGAGGGAGUUCGGUCAGAGGUUCUUCUGUCACGGCCCGCCGCCCUUCGUCAUCCUGAACAUGCAGAUGUGGCAGUCGGAGGAUCUGUCGUACGUGCCGUAUCAUCUGGAGCUCUCCGAACAACGGUACUCACUGGAGGGAGCCACGCUCUUCAACAGAGAAGAGCAUCAUUACUCUGCAGCGUUCCAGAUCGACGGCUGCUGGAUGCACUACGACGGCCUGCGCAGCGACAACCUGGUGCUGCUGGACAAACCGCCCGAGUUCCUGCUGCUGUCCUCGCUCGUCUACAUCCGGACCUCAGAGCGAUGAACACAAGCGCUCGGCACAACACUAUUCCCUUUAAAAGAGAACUCUUCAGCUUCUGAUGACAGUGUAUUUUUGUGCGGUCCAGUCAUGUUUUAUACUCCUCUAAAUGACUGACUUUGUAUUUUUGUAAGUGAUUCUCUGGUCUGUUCUCUGCUGCUUGGAAUCCAAGAGUCUGUGAUGGUGGACUAUAAUAGUUCUGGGUGCUUCGACUGACUGUGGAUCAGUGCUUCUUUCUAAUCCUUCAUUUCACAGAAACAUGCAGCUCAGAAAAGUCUGUCAUCUACACCGAUACAGACGGAAGAUCUAAUAACUCAUAGAACUGCGUCCUACAGAAAGUCACUUGUUUUUAAUCUUUUUAUCUUUUAUGAUUGUUGGUUUACAGUUCUAGAUCUAUUACCUGCACUCAUCAUGACUAGAUAGAUUACUAGGUUUAGUUGAGGAUUCGUUUACUGAAGCAUGCCAGCGAUCAACGGAACAUCACAGAUGUGGUUUAAAUCAGUGUGCAUUAAUACUUUUAUAAUCAACAUCAAAUAUUAGUCAGAUAUUGUAUCUGCUGUCACUGCAAAUAAACUUUCUAUGUUUGUAA